AUGUUAGUAAGUAAUAAAAUGGCUUCGAUACCUUGUUCACCUCGGCAUUUAUCAUCUAAUAUGAAAGAUCUUCAAAAUUUAUUUCAAAGUCCUCUUAUUUCAUAUAUAUCACCAUCAACAACACCUCCAUUACAAUAUUUUAAUAUGCGUGUGACUGAAAGGCUACAUCGUUAUCGUUCAUUAAAGCGACAUUGGCAUGAAGUAGCAACAACUGUUCAACAUGAUUCUUCUUCACCUUCAAAAUCAGAUACUCCAUUACCUAUUCUUGAUACUACACCAAUAGUACAAGAACAAAUUGUAGAACCAAAAUCUAGUGAUGUCAAAGAUUAUAUGAUUCCAAUAACAAUAGCAAUGAAAGAAAAUAAUGAUAAAAAUUCUAUUGAAACUAAUGCAUUACGUUCACUAAUACAACAAGAUUUAAUUGACUUACGAAAAUUAAUGAAGAUCAGACAUAAAAGACGUAUUGAACUCGUAGCUUCGAAAACAAACACAUACAAUCAACCAUUCGGAGAAGCAUCAAUAAAUCAAGUAUUUGAUGAUCAAGAAAAUAAUAAUACAAUAAAUACUGAAAGAACAUCAUCUUUAAAUAAAGCUAAACUACAUGAUCGUGUAAAAAUGUCCAGUUCUCAAAUGCGUCCAUCAACAUUUCCACAAAGUAAUUCAGUAGAUAGAACAAUCAUUACUAGAAAUAAUUCAUUAACUUCUUCUUUACAAAAUUCAAAACCACAAAAAAAAUUCAAACAAAAAAUUCAUAGUAAAACAUUUAGUAUUUGUCGUAGUCGAAUCCAUGCUUCGCUUUCUUCUGAUUCUGUUAUGCAUGAUACAGUUUCAUCAAAGAAAAAAUCUAGCACACCACCUAAAAUAAAUUUACAACAAACUCAAUCUUAUCGUCUUCCUAUGCCACCAGUUUUGAAGAAAAAAGAAUCAUGUUUUAUUAAACAAGAAACUUCAUUACCACCUAUUCGACGACUAUCAAUCACUGAACAAACAACAACAUGUCCAUAUAACUAUGCAGCAUCAACUUCAUCGGCAACUCCACGUUCUAUGAAACUCAAUCGAAAUCGAUCAUUAUUACCAAUACUUCUAACAUCAGUUUCUUGUAUUGGUAUUCAACCACAAGAAAUUCAUUAUGAAACAGAUGAAGAAAAUAAUGAUGAUUAUUAUAAUUUACUUCAUUAUAAACAAUUAAUAAAUCAUUUACCAAAUCCAGUUAUAUCGAUUCAUUCACAAUGUAAUCAAGAUGACUAUGGAAUAUUAUUUGAACAAUUAGAUCAUAUACGAGAAACGAUGCCGGAUUCACACGUUUAUGAUAAUUAUACACGACUUUAUUAA